AAUCUCUUUUCCUGCCUUAUUUUUUCUCCUGGGCAUUUAUAAUGAUCUAACUUACAUUGUUUUUCUCACUUAAUUUUACUAUCUUCUCCUCCUAAGAUCAGCCUCGUGAGGACAGGAAUUUUUACUAUUCUCUUCACAGCUGUGUCCCCAGCACCUCAAGCAGAAUCUGGCAAAAAUUAUCAGCAGACACAACAUCUUUGUUUGUAUGUGGUGCUGAGGAUCGAACCCGGGCCUCACGCAUGCCAGUUUGGAUGCUCUUCCAAGAGUCACAUGUCCAAACCAUCCAGAUGCAAUUUUAGUGGAGGACUACAGAGCUGGUGAUAUGAUCUGUCCUGAAUGCGGUCUGGUUGUAGGUGACCGGGUUAUUGAUGUGGGAUCCGAGUGGAGAACUUUCAGUAAUGACAAAGCAACAAAAGAUCCAUCUCGAGUUGGAGAUUCUCAGAAUCCUCUUUUGAGUGAUGGAGAUUUGUCUACUAUGAUUGGCAAGGGUACAGGAGCUGCAAGUUUUGAUGAGUUUGGCAAUUCUAAGUACCAGAAUCGGAGAACAAUGAGUAGUUCGGAUCGGGCAAUGAUGAAUGCAUUCAAGGAAAUUACUACCAUGGCAGACAGAAUCAACCUCCCUCGAAAUAUAGUUGAUCGAACAAAUAAUUUAUUCAAGCAAGUGUAUGAACAGAAGAGCCUUAAGGGAAGAGCUAACGAUGCUAUAGCUUCUGCUUGUCUCUAUAUUGCCUGUAGACAAGAAGGGGUUCCUAGGACAUUUAAAGAAAUAUGUGCUGUAUCACGAAUUUCUAAGAAAGAAAUUGGCCGAUGUUUUAAACUUAUUUUGAAAGCUUUAGAAACAAGUGUGGAUUUGAUUACAACUGGGGACUUCAUGUCCAGGUUCUGUUCCAACCUUUGUCUUCCCAAGCAAGUUCAAAUGGCAGCUACACAUAUAGCCCGUAAGGCUGUGGAAUUGGACUUGGUUCCUGGGAGGAGCCCGAUCUCUGUGGCUGCAGCAGCUAUUUACAUGGCUUCACAGGCAUCAGCUGAGAAGAGGACCCAAAAAGAGAUUGGAGAUAUUGCUGGUGUAGCUGAUGUUACAAUCAGACAGUCCUACAGGCUGAUCUACCCUCGGGCCCCAGAUCUGUUUCCUCCAGAUUUCAAAUUUGACACCCCAGUGGACAAACUACCACAGCUAUAAAUUGAGGCAGCUAAUGUCAAACUUUUAUGUACACAGAACUUUGCCUAUUGUACAUAGCCUAUACAACGUGCUGGGUUGAGCCUUUAAUGAGGAAAACACAUGGUACGCAUUCCAGGGCUAAAUAUUAUUGCUUGGCAUUCUGUAUGUAUAUACUAGUGCAACAUAUUUAAUGAUUUGAAUUUCUUACUGAAUUUGCUUUCUUUUGUAGUGAUCUAGGAAACUGUAUUUUGGAAGAUACUGAAAUUAUGUAAUUCUUGAAUAAAACAUUUUUCAAAACUAAA